CACUUCCCACUUCCAACCUAUCUCCGCAUCGUCGUCCUCCUCUCCGGCUUUCCGCCCCCACCUCGCCUUGCCAUGUUCCGAACCUUCUCGAAGCUUCGAGAGGUGGCGUUGCCGCUUGCCUCCUCGGCAGUACGGCGAUGCUCCGGCGGCAGCCGGAUCCGGGCCGAGGCCAAUUGCCCGCGCUGCGACGCCCACAUGUCCGUCCAAUUCUCCCUCCACCCGCUCCCAGCGCCCCCGCCUGCCUCUCCCGGAGGCAUCGAUGGCGCUCAACAUCACAACCACGACGGGGCGGGCGUGUGCCCGGCGUGCCGCGCGGCGUUCCUGUUCCGCGCCCACAGGAUCGACCCGCUGCGCGGCGCGUUCCUCGAGAUCCCUGGCGGCAUCGGGCGCGAGGAAGAGGACGCAGAGAGGGGAGGCUUCUCCGAUCGGAUCAAGAGGAUGUUAUCGGAGCGCCCGCCGGAGGAGUUUCCUCCGUUGCCGCAAUCUUCGCCGAUGCCGAUGCCGCACUAUCCGCUGCGACGGAGACAGAGUAGGAGGAGGCAGAGGGAGGAAGGAGGAGGAGGCAGCGGCGGCAGUAACGGUGGGGAAUCCUCGGGAGGGGAGGGUACGAGCGCUGCGCCUAAGAGGGAGUGGUGGAGUGGGGCGAGCCUGGGCGAGGAGCUGCCGACGCCUCGGGAGUUGUGCCGGAGGCUUGACGAGUUCGUCAUCGGGCAGGCGAAGGCAAAAAAGGUGCUAUCGGUAGCUGUAUACAAUCAUUACAAGAGAAUAUAUAAUGCAACUAUACAGAAAGAUUCCGGGUUUCCUGAUGCUGCACAUGAUGAUCAAAAUAUUGUAGAAAUAGAUAAAAGCAAUGUGCUUCUAAUGGGCCCAACUGGCUCAGGAAAGACAUUGCUUGCAAAAACAUUAGCACGUAUUGUAAAUGUACCAUUUGUUAUAGCUGACGCGACAUCGUUAACACAGGCUGGAUAUGUAGGGGAGGAUGUAGAGUCGAUACUGCAGAAGUUACUAAUGGCUGCUGAGUAUAAUGUUCAAGCUGCACAGCAAGGGAUAGUGUACAUAGAUGAAAUAGAUAAAAUAACAAAAAAGGCAGAGAGUGCAAAUGUUAGUAGAGAUGUAUCUGGUGAAGGUGUUCAACAAGCAUUGUUGAAAAUCCUAGAAGGAACUGUUGUCAGCAUUCCUGAGAAAGGAUCUCGCAAGAAUUCUCGCAAUGAAAGUAUACAGAUAGACACGUCAGAUAUUCUUUUUAUAUGUGGUGGCGCUUUUAUAGAUUUGGAAAAGACUAUUUCUGAAAGGUGCCAAGAUUCAUCUAUAGGAUUUGGGGCACCCAUUCGUACAAACAUGAGAAGUUCUGGAGCGAGCAAUCCAGUGGUCACUUCAUCUUUGUUAGAAUCUGUUGAGAGUGGUGAUCUUGUAAGAUACGGGCUAAUUCCAGAGUUCAUUGGACGUUUGCCCAUUCUACUAAGUUUGGCAGCUCUGAAUGAAGAUCAGCUCGUUCAGGUUCUUACAAAACCGAAGAAUUCACUUUCCAGACAAUACCGGAAAAUGUUUAACCUGAACAAAGUUAGGCUGCACUUCACUGAUGGUGCACUGAGAUUGAUAGCUAAGAAAGCGAUAGCUAAAAGUACUGGUGCACGUGGUUUACGAGCCAUCUUGGAAAGCAUUCUACUGGAGGCCAUGUAUGAGAUCCCAGACGAGAAAACAGGAAAUGAGCGAGUAGACGCUGUUGUGGUGGAUGAGGAGGCAAUUGAUUCUGUUGAUCGGCCAGGAUGUGGUCCUAAAAUUCUCCGGGGAGACGGUGCAUUGGCGCAGUACAUAACAAGAACUAAUGCCAUGAAUUUACGGGAAACAAACGAUGGUUUAGCCGGGGAGCUCGAGGAAGCGUACAUGCUGUCGAGAACUGUUAGCUUGUAACUAAAAGCUCGAGGGAAGCGUACAUGCUGAGUUCUGACCAACUUCGUACAUCAUGUAACAUGUCUACCCAGCACUCACACCCGCUCUUUUUUGCUCACCAAAUCUCCUGUAAUUUGUUUUAUUUCUGCCGAGUUCUGACAAGCAGAAGAUCCAGAGCGCGGUUUGUUGUAAUUCAUGUAAACAGGAGUUGCCUUUUGAUUGAGCAACCGUCCUGCCAAGUAAAUUGUUCCCCCAUUCUUUCUGAUGCCCCCAACUGGGCACCUCAAUUGUUGUUGGCAAAGAUGUAAAGAUCAUCAAUUUACUGCCAUAAUAAGCAGGCGCUUUUCAGAAUCUCCAUGAUAUGAAUGUUUCUGGAAUGCUGAGUUC